AUGGACAGCAACGAGAACGAGGAGUACAACACCACCAACAGUGACGGGACCAAACGUUUCGUUGGCCCGGCUGGUAUCGGUGCCAGUUGCAUCGCCAAAGCGGUGUCCGCUGCCAAAUAUCAGAACCAGUUCAACAAUAAUCUGCUCGAGCAGGUAAAUCUUAUGCCCGCACCGCGCGACACAAUGCCAGUUACGGCGAACGACCAAGAGAUUUCGAAGGCGGCGAUAAUUGAGGUGCCUGCAAAGGAGAAGGUUUUCGGUGAAAACGGGUCAAACUUUAACGGUUGUGCAGUGUUUCCGCAAUCAACUGCGCCACCAUCAUCUGCGGCUUCCAGUGAGUGCGUAAACAAGGAAGACCGAUUGCUCUCCGAUCAGCCGAACAUAGAAUGCCUUACCGCUAGCUUUAGUGCAACAAGGAACGGAGCAACGAAUGUGUACGGUCGAGUAUCUUUGAGUACUAGCGACACGGCUUCGGUAAACGCUCGAACCAACGGUGUUCACGGCGACGGACCUCCCGACGAGCGGGUGGUAGAGGUCCAGAAAGCCGACGAAGGUCCACCGGUCGUGCCACCGGACGAAGGAGACUUUUCCGACAACAAUUCAAUCGGUAAUCUGUCGUACCUCAGUGAAAACGGUUUGAUAGAGGAGAUUAUCCUACUGCCGAACAAUGUGGACUCGGACGAUGACAACGGAUCGACGUCGGAAGAUUGUAUCUAUGCGUACCGCGGUGGAGAACCGGGCGGACUGGCGGGUCAGUUGCUAGAACUGCGCGGAGAUCAACCGCCCGAUGACGAGACGGACUUUCUCGAGAUGGAUUUCGAUCCGGAACCGAGCUCGGAGAUGGAGAAUUUCGACAGUCAUCGGGAACCGACCCUAGAUGACGACGAUAAUGCGUUUGCAGUAUGUCGAUCGAACGAAGCGCACACUGCGGAGCGGAUGGAGAAGGGAUCGCGAGACCAUUCGCUUCUAGCGUCACCGCAACCAGCACACCAUCAGUCACAUUCGCAGGCGAAUGACUCGCUACACCAACAGACGCAUCAUCACACGGAGCAAAUGGCCCACAGCGAUACGACACAUUUGUCGACGAGCUUGGAAUUAUCAGCGCCACGAGGAACUUUACCGUUACCGGAGCAGCUGUCAACAUUGAAGGACGAGACGGGUGGGGAAACAAGGAGAAAUGAGGCAGCACCGGAAGCGGUGGGUAAUUUGUUGGGUAGUCACGAGCUGUCGCGAACCAUGGAUCCUCCGCAAGCUCACAAAACCGGUGCCAUUCCGAAGAACGUGCCGCAUCACUACGCAGCCAUCGCACCGGAUCAAGAUCGCCCUCCCGGUCGGUGCUCGGCAAAUUGCAAGAACCUUAAGCUCGACUUAAAUCUGUGCCCCACUGCAACCAAUCCGUACCCAUACUAUGACCAGCGAGCGUACAUGGACUUUGCUCCCCCCAAUGGACAGAAUAUUCGAAGCGAACUCAUCGCUGGUGUUGCGGAGGACGAGGAAGAGGAAAACAAUUGCUUAGACUGUGCUGAACAGGAGUUUCUCAUGGACACCAAGCAGGACCGCACGCUGCAACGGUUGUGCAGGGUAUGCUCUGCCAAAGGAAGAAGAAGUGGAGGGCGACUAUCAAAAGUGAGUUCAGCGACGAAGCUCGGUGGGCGAGCCGAUGGGCGAAAGCUGUCCGAGUUCUAUAACUUCGACGAAACAGCCGUUCGCUACGACGAAGCAAGGGGUUGCGACGAAUCGGAUGCGGAGUUGAACGCGCGAGCUGAACUGAUCGCGUUCGAAGCGUUGAACAAAAUCAAUGCCCUCAAAGAAACACCACCCAGCAGCGGCCUUUCGCAGGCCGAUGAACACACCUACCGAAGGUUGCGAUCGUCUGCUGUGGGUGGCUCAGGAUUCACAGGAGACGUAACGGACGCAUCGCAACCCGAUCAAGUGGUGCCGCUGGACUAUUUUCAAACGGUUUGUCCGGAAAAUACGGUCACUAUCUACACGAUAAACUGUGGUGAGCUGACAAUAAUUGAGGCUUUGACACGCAUUGGAGUGGCACCCAAUUUGGACGUCCUGCGCCAGUACUUCAACGAGCAGUACCAAGUGGACACAUGCAAGAUGAACAUACCGAAGUACUUGCUGCACAUGUCGAAGCGUGACUGUAACUAUAAGAAACUGAUCGAGGCCAUCAAAUCCUGCUGUGAUGAUGAAACGUUAGACGUUCAAUACUACCCGUUGGAUCCCUUUUCGGACACUCCGGAAAUUGUGCAGAUCAGUUCGUGUGAGAUUGCAAAACGAUGGAACGCAAACACAAACCUGCGACAGAUCAUCCACUUCAAGCACAAACAUUUUCACACCCUUAACGUUCUCGGAAAAAUUGUGAACAUACUGCGGCAACCUUCGCGGGGUCGACACACAAACCACACAAUCAGCAUACCACAAUACUACAAAAGUGGCUCCCUUACGAUCACACGGACAGCAUCGUGAUCGUGAUGACUGCAAAUGUGCGGCCCAUCGUCACCAACCUGGUUUCUGAUCCCCGGUACUGGUAAUUCAGAGAUUCCUCCACCAGGCGCCGUUGUAGUUGUGGAGAAGUGAAGCAGGGUUGUAGCGAAGGCUAUUUUUAUUGUUCGUCCUGCUUACGAUGCUAUUCACUUUGCUUUGCUUUUUGCCGGUCUCUUCUUCCUGCGGAUCGAUUCGUUCCGAUCCCGGCGAAAGGAAACGGUUCAGUACCUCCACUGUGAUUGCUCAAACGGCUUCUGUAAAUAUUAGGUAGCGUCUUAUUUAUUCUACGGUACGCGGGUUUGAAACGUUGCACGGUCGUGGUUUGAUCGAUCUGGCAAAGGAUAUGUUUUUAAAACAGCAGAUCGUAUAUUAAUUGUAUCAAAACAUAUACCGCUAUUAUUUUGCCCAGUUUCGUUGUAGGGUUUUAGUUUCAGUCCUGUAGAUUGGUGAGUUACGGCGUUAUAAUCGUGACUUGUGUCGGUAUUGUCGCCUGAAUCGUUCGUUCUGUGCUACAACUAGGAAUCUGAAAUUGAAUGGCUUCUCUAUCACGCCGACAGCGGUUGUUGUUUUCACUACGUUAACGUCUUUCGCUUUCAAUAUCAACUAAGUAGUUCUGUGAAGGAAAUUCACACAGCUUCGAUUCUCGGUAGUAUGUGUUGUGGGAAAACGACAUCAUGUUCCAUCAACAACAGACCUAACGUGUAAUGUUGCUUGCUAAAGAUCACCCGCCCGAAAUUUUAUACUCCUCCAAAAGUAUCCCAGAUUCAUCUUGUCCGAAGGAAGAUAGCGAAGUGCAAGUUAAGGACUUAUUGAAACAAUAAAAUAAAAUGGUUUUGACUCCCAUAUAUACACACAUUAUACACAUUCGUAUACACGCAAAUCAACAGCACGUUUCGAGCCACGAAUCUGCACCCGUCGGACAGAGCGGCGAUUAGAAUUUUUACACCAAACAACCGAUGGCCUUCAAUUCCGAGCACGAGCAAUUUCUGUAAGCCUUACAGGCACCGUGCGUAGCCCUACGCAUCAACUAUCGAAGACCAAUAUCGAACAGAAAUAAAUAGAAAUAA